AUGUUGCUUUUCUGCCCCCUCUGCUCCAACCUCCUCCGCGUCUCCCAAACCCCCACCAGCGCCCUCCCCAGCGGCGACCCCUCCCAGGACCGCAACCGCUUCGAAUGCCGCACCUGCACCUACCAGCGGGUCAUCGACCGCCGCUACUACGAGCGCACGCCUAUGAAGCGGAAGGAAGUGGACGACGUGGUGGGCGGGGCGGAUCGAUGGGAUAAUGCGGAUAAGACAGAAGUGAAAUGCGCGAACGAUCGGUGUGAAAAUAUGGAGGCGUAUUUCUAUUCGGUGCAGAUUCGGAGUGCGGAUGAGCCGAUGACGAAUUUCUAUCGGUGUACGACAUGUGGCAAGCGGUGGAAGGACUAA